AUGCUAGACUUGGCGACUGAAAAUUGUCUGAGGAUAGUAAAUCAAGACAUUUUAAUCAAUUAUUAUAGUUUAUCUAGACCCAGAAGUAAAUCAUAUAGAGAAACCAGUACAACUAUCAAAGAGCAAAUAAGCGAAGCUGUUACGACCACCAGACAGACAUACUCAUGUUCAACUAUUCAAUCUGAUGAAAAUACUCAAUCCGAGCGAUUUAUGGAUCCUGAUAUCGUGUAUUCGUAUCUCAAACAAAUUGAAAAUACUGUUCAAGAACGUGAUAAAGUCUUCGACGAUAGUAACACUGUUGAAAAUUUGCUGGCUGAUACAAGGGAAAGAUUCGCCAAAGAGACCUUGUCCGUUUCCAAGUAUGAUUCCGGUGCUAGUUUCCCUAAGAUUCCAGGACUUAGCAAUGAUGAUAGAGAGUCUACAUGGCCCGAACAGAACCAGUAG